AUGAAUCAUGUUCUAAGUGCAUGUACAACUUGCAUAGCUCGUCGUACGCUCGCAACCAGGAGACAAAUUACUCCAAUAAUUGCCAAGUUUUCACGAGAAAGGCUGAUUAUCGAUCUUGUGGACCUAAGAUAUUACAGCGAUCAAAAUAGUGGCGAAAAAUGGUUGCUGGUGAUAAUGGACUCGUUUACGAAAUACUGUUGGACUUCAGCACUGAAAUCAAAGAACUCGGCUGAUGUGAUACCGAGGAUACGAAGUGUUGUUCUUUCUUUGGGGGAAGUAUUCAUAAUACAUACCGACAAUGGACUUGAAUUCUGCAACUCGCGGAUGACGCAGUUGUGCGAAGAAUUUGGAAUUCGCCAUGUCAGGGGGAGGGCCCGAUGUCCCUGGAUACAGGGUCAAGUGGAACGACUUAAUCAGACACUCAAAUGGAUGCUCAGUUCGACGUUAUUAACCAACGGGAAUGGAUUUCGUUGGAUUGAUAUCCUCGAAAAUAUAACAUACGCAUAUAAUACAAGGAUACACUCUACAACGCGCUUUUCUCCUGUUCAUUUGAUGUAUGGCCCACGGAUUAGAGAACAAAUGGCUCGAGGUCAUACUCAGGCACUCAUUGAAUAUAUUGAUUCCAUCAAUCAACUUGACUACAAUGAAGAGCCAAGAACCGAGCAAAUUCAACAAGAACUACAUGGACUUGAUGUGGAAACAAACGACAACGAGAUGGAUCGACUUGUAGUAGCUUCUGCAGCAGCCGAAGAUUUACGAGAUAUUGCGAGGAGGAAUACUAAUAGUGCUGCUGAAUCCAUGAGGAGACGAUCUAAUUGGAGGAAUGAUAUCCUUGACUUUCCUCUGGGACGAAAGUGGUCAUCCACACCGACACAGAUACGAAUACAACAACACGCCGUCGACCAUUCCACGAACAUUUGGAUUGUACUGAAUAUACUGUCGUUGGGAUUUUACAGCACGACAGGGUCCAAAUUAGUUCGACGAAUAUGUUGA